CGUACUGUACUUCUUAAGCACGGUUCGCGGACUGGAACGAUAGCUGGUCGAGCAAUCCUGAUAGGGUAGGUAAGCUGGGAUAGGGUGCCCCGAUAGGGAUGCUGGAGCUUGAAAUGUACUAGGUAUGUGCUAGGUAUGUGCUAGGGGGGGUGUGGGACCUUUUCAGAGACACACAACGGUGACCUUGAUUCGAAGGCACUUGAUGCUUGGUGCUUGGUGCUUGGGGCUUGGUGCUUGGUGCUUGGUGCUUGAUGAUCUAGGUAGGUUAGGUGGGUGGUGGCGCGCGAACGCCCUGAAGAUGGAAUUGGAUAGGGUGGACGAGGUGUGGCAGCGAAGGGACAAGCGAAGGGACAAGAGUGGUUUCUUCUUCUUCUUACUUUUAGAGCUCCUUCUCUUAGAUGGAUUCGAAAGCGCGUGCUACCUAAAGCUUGAAAGGUGGGAAGCGAAGAAAGAAGCAACGAGGACAGCUAGACGGUGUAAGAUUGGCGGAUGGGGGACGAAGAGUAAUGCGGUAAUGCGGUAAUGCGAUAAUGUGGUAAUGUUACAGUUAAUGGAUGGGGCAGAAUGAGACGAUAAUGGGUGGCGGUUGGGGGUUUCUUGGGGCGUCCAAAAGGAACAAAGGAAGAAAUAUUGA